GCAAGGCCUCCGAGCUCCAAGGAUGGAUCACUACUUCCGAGGAGCAGCUCCGCUACCAUGGCGUCGCCAUGGAACUGUGGCCCGUCGAGAUGUCAUCCCGUUUCACAGGUCGCGCAGCCUCUACUUGGCGUGACUUCCUCGCUCUUCGAUCUCAGCGGGUUGUACAGGAGGKCAUGAGCUAUCAGGAGUUCCGCGAUUUCCUGCAGCAGUACUUUUCUCGUCCUGCGCCGACCCGCGACCCGAUUUCCCGGGUGGCCGAGAUCAGAUGGCUUGGUGGCGACAAUGCCCUCGAGUCAUAUAUCACGGCAUUCCACCGUGUCCGUGCCCAGAUCCCCGUCACCACCAUACCAGAGGAUCCCAUGAUCCARCGAUUCCGCGCAGGCCUCCCCCAGGCAUUCCAGCUSCAGAUGAUGGCCUACUCCAUCUCUACGUUACCAGAGGCCUUCAACAUUGCUCGGGCCAUCCAUCUUUCUUAUGCCCCACUUGUUGGCUCUUCGCCUCAGCUCCCCGCCACCGAUGCUGCUGCUGCUGCAGCCCCUCGCCUCUCCCAGUCUCGACAGUCUUCCACUUUCCGUCGUGGUCCCCGCAGAGGUCCCGACCGAUCGCUCGCACGCCGAUUCCACGCACUGCUCCGUGACCCGUCGAGUACAGAGGAGGGCACAGCCUCGGACGGUUCGGCGAGUGACCCAGACCAGGGGUAUGACCCUCAGUCGCCCACGGAGGACGACACCCAUUCCCAGGACGAUCGCUUUCUCCAGGCCCUUUCCGCUCUCUUCCGGCGACAGCCCUCAUCAUCCAGGACUCGUGCUGAGCUAGAACAUGAGCUGGAGGAGUCCCUCCUCAGCACCCAUUCCAUUGUGUGGCUGAGUCUUCGUGCUCCCCCUCUUCACCAUCCUCUUCCUCCUCGUUACCUUCCUCCGCCUCGUCGGCUCAUUGACAGUGAUUCUCGAAGAGAAGAGAGUGGCGGCAAUUGCGCAACAAAGCGGAGCGAUGCAGCGAGAGGAGAUGAAGAGAUUGAAGAGCAAAGCGAGCGGAGGAGGCCUGAUGAAGCUUCUGUGUCCACAGAUGGAGUACGAGGAGGAGGAGGAGGAGGAGGAGGAGGAGGAGCGGAUGAAGAACUGGACAGAGAGCGGCAGGUUUUCAUAACGUGGCUGCCACCUGCUCCUCUCCUGCCUUCUCGCCCUGCUGAUAUGCUUCAUCACCCUUUCCUCUAUCUUCUCCUGCUCCUCCUCCUGGUAGCCUUGAUUAUGACGAUGAUGACGAUGAUGAUGAUGAUGAUGACGUCAACGUUAAUGAUGAUGAUGAUGACAUUGAGGGCUUCUAUUUGCCUCUCUCUGUCAGCCUCUCGUUGCCGAUACGUCACUGAUGAGUCAGUGAGCGUUGUGGCCGCUGAAGGGGCGCGGCAGCUGCGCGAGCUGCGGUUCGACGAGACCGGGGUCACUCAUCACGCCUUGUCUUUUCUUGCCAAGGGAACGUGCACCUUAGGGCUUGUCACGCUUCUGCUCUAUGGGUCUAAUGUCAGCGGAGAACCAUCCACCUACCCUCGCUUGGAAUCGUGGACGUGUUUGGAGGCUCUUUUUGAUCGCUAUGCUCAUCUCGAGGAGGUGGGUUUGCGCGUCUUUGACCCCUUCCUCGAUCAGGAGCGAGUGGAGCAGAUGGAAUCGAUGUGGGGAAAGGCCAUCUUGCUAAGGAAGGCCAAGCUCGCCAAUCGGUCGCAGGGGACUCAUCGAGAAACGACCGGUAGACUAAGUUCCCUCAGAAAUUCAGUACUUUCCGAUGAGGGAUUGGAUAAUAUGGAUUACUCUCCCGAUCCCGAUCCCGGUCCCGAUCCGGAGGAGGAGCCUCGUCUUCCCCCUUGGCAGUGCUGCGGCGCUUUUCUCCAAAGCCUCUCUCGAGUCGGUCCUUCCUUACGCCGCCUUCACCUCUUUGCAGACCCCAGAGCACUCUUCGGCGAUUUCGAGGAAGAAUUUCUUGCUUUCCUCGGCGCCUGCCCCAGUCUGAUAUCCCUCCGACUGACCGGAAUCGCUCAGGUCAGUGAUGCCAUCCUGUACAAGUUGGGCGCUGUGUGUCCUUCGCUUGAGCAGCUCGUCGUCGCUGGUUCUCUAAUACCUCUCUCCCAGGGCGUCGACCACCUCCAUGUUACGAGUCGCAGACUCAAGUCUUUCGAGUACUGCCCCCAAUAUUACGAGGAAGUUUUCUUGAACGACGCACAAGAACGUGUAAGGUACGUGAGGCGACAGCUGACGGAGAUAGGCGUAGUGCGUAAUUAAUCAAUCUGUCAGAACUGUGAUGUGGAGGGAGGGAGGAAUUGUUUUUCUUUUUUUUCUUUUUUUUUUAAGGCUAAUUCUGAGGGAGGAAUAAUAGAAAGUAGUAGGGGAAACUAGGCGGGAGUAUAAAAAAAAUGAGUUAUAACUUAUAAUUGCAGUAUGGGUGGGCCAAGAUAACAGUUUGUAAGCAGACAGGCUGACGAAGAUAGCCGUAGUCCGUGAUUAAUCAAUCUAUUGGAACUGU